AUGGUUAUGGUCGAGUUGUGCCCAUCGAGGAUCUCCAUUCUUUCAAUGGACGAACAAACACUUCUACAUGAAGCGAAAAAUCUGAAUAUGGAGAAAAUUUGUACGACCAUUAAACAGAGUGGUUUCGUGCAAGGCAUCCUCCACGUGCUGUUACUUUCCAUGUCUGCACACUUCACAAAGGAGUUGGGUAUGGCUCCAGGUGGUGAAUUCCGUGCCGCACAU